CGAAGUUUCAUUUAGUUCCCAAAUUUUCUGUGGCCAAAUUUCGGCUAGGGAAAAGACUGAGAGUUACCUUGUGGAAUUUUUCUCCAUUUUUUAUUUUAUUUAUUCUUUUCUUCGUAUUUACUCUAUACAUAUUGGGUUUGAUUUUCUUGUCCUCUGCGCUUUUUAUUAAGCAUUUUCGAAAUGUGUUUGUUUAUCUUGUGUCAUGUUUUAUCUAUCUUGAGUGUACAUUGAUCUUUUUACCGAUCGAAUCAGUGCUAUCUAAUUAAAACAGGCUGCGAAAAUUCUUGCCAAUUUAAUUGUGAUGGGCUCUGGGAUACUUGCUAGGGCCUUUGUUCAAGCCUAUCGUCAAGCCCUUACGAUUGAAGAUGAUAUGCUCAGUAACAAGUCUUUUUCGUGCGGUGUAGAUGCUUCGAAGUCCGGUGUUGCUCAAGAAACAAUUCAAAACAGUGUUCGCAGAGCAAGCAAAGUGAUGACUGAGCAAGAAGCCAGGCAGAUUCUUGGCGUCACCGCGGAAACGCCUUGGGAGGAAAUUGUGAAGAAAUAUGACGCUUUGUUUGAAAGGAAUGCUCAGACUGGAAGCUUUUAUCUUCAGUCAAAAGUUCACAGAGCCAAGGAACGAUUAGAAACUCUCUAUCAGAGCAAAGGUCAGGAUGCCCGUAGCUGAGGGAUGUGUUGUGUUGUGUUGUGUUUUGCACAUUCACCGUUCUUGUAUAAUUCUUAAUUGGUCAUGGCCGCCAUGAAUGAUGAAAUUGAUGUAAAAUCUUUUCUUCCAUAUGUGGGAAAAAAAUCAUGCUUUGAAAUAGUAUUUUAGAUCUCGAUGCCUUGAGAGCACCUAACGUUCGUUUCAUACUUUUAAUAUAUCUCAAAAACAGUCUACAA